AUUUCUCUUUGUGCACCGAGAGUUGUCAUUUUCCGAGCGCUCCUAUCCUGGUAAGUGAAUCGCUUUAUCAUGGAUCCCAGCCUCCCUCCUUGCUGCGUUUCGUGGUCGUGGUCUUCCUUCCUGAGAUGUCUCGUCGAGUCUUGAACUCCAAGACAUUCCUUGCCCCAUGCACAGUCGGUCAACACGCGGGCAGAGGACAGUGAAUGUGUACAGCUGCGAUGAAAGUCAAAGGGGCUCUUGUGGUUGCGUUCUAUCUGCUUGGCUUUGAGAUGUUAACUUGAUUUCAUCUACCUGCUAGCAAGGGUUGCGGCGAUUGACCAGCACUUGUUUCUUCUCUUCCUUCGUCCUCAUCUUAGGGGGUGAUCAUGGCAAGAUGGUGAAGCACAAAAAGGAGAAACAGCAGACGCUGGAGGCCACACUUGGCCGGCCGCGGGUGAGGCCUGCCAUCAAGACGCCCAAGACUAAGGGCAAGUCCAAGGCAGCGUUGAGUUCUGCGCUGUCGAGUUCGCCUGCUGGAGUCAAGAGCUCGCCUAAGGCGCUGCCCUCCUCCUUCAUGCAUUCAUCACAAGUAGGCGGAUCCGCGAGGAAAAGGACGGCCGUCCUCAAUGACGAGUCUUCUGAGAAGGAAACGAGUGAGGACGAUGACGUGCAGCUGCUUGUAAGGGAGAGAAAGCGUGGCAAGAAGCACCCGGCUUCGAGUUCGUCGUCGAGCGCGGGGUUGCCUGCCAAAGGCAACGCGGAUCAGGAUAAUCGCGAUGCGGAGGAGGAUGAUGACAUGCCACCUGUCACUCCAACAGCUAGGCGCAAGAGACGCCGGGUUGCUGACGAGAGCGAUGACGAUGACGAGCCUCUAGCCUCCUCAGCCAUCAAGCGCCGUCGACUUGUUCGGAGGAAUGGACCACCAAUUCCGGCGAAAGAAGACCAGAAGGAGAGUGAGGACGACGAACCUGCGCCAUCUUCAACAAGAACCAGCCGGACGAGACGUAAGCCGCUCACCAAGAAGGAAAAGGCGCGACAGCUUCUCCGCCGGAAGCGCGCCGGUGAAGUCAUCAAUGAGGACGAAGAGACCUCGUCUUCCGAAGAGGAGGAGCCUGCCAAGAAGGCUAUGUACGACACCGACUCGGACCAUCUCGCACUUAAUGAGUUCGAGGAUGACGAGGAGGGUGUCCCCGACCUCAAGGGGAAAGAGGAAGCGCGGACGAGGAAAAAGAAAGAAAGGGGAGAGAAGCGGAGGGCGGUCGGCAGCGGUGAUGAAGAAUCAGAGGGAAGCAUAGAUGAUUUCGUCGUGGACGACAGCGAUGCGCCUCUUGGUGUGCCCGAGGAUGCCCUCCUGAACAUGCCCCUGGAGUUCACGAAGCACUCACACAAGCCGCUUAAGGAACAUUUCCGGGACGCCGUAGAGUGGCUCGUGCAGUUCAAGAUCAACCCCGGCUUCUCCGAGAAGGAGCAUCCACUAUAUCGCAUGGCGUGGAAGAAACUGGACGACGAAGUUCGCGGUCUUGCCACGUCCAAGUUCGCCUCGGCGGCCUGGAAGAAAGACUUCUACAUGGCCCUCCGGGCCCGGCCCUACUUCACUAGCGAAGAGCUUCCCAAGAGCGACUUGCUGGAGUCUCGAAGCUGUGGUGCCUGUGGCAGGUCGGGCCACCCAGCGAGACACGUAAUCACGUUCACCGGCACACCUUACUUCAAAGACACGACCAAACUCGACCGCUUCCUCGAACCCGUCGAACUCGACAGCGACUCCGAGUCGGGCUCUGAGCUCCACGACCUGGACGAGGACGGCAACCCCAUCCCCAAAGAAACCAACAAAUGGUCCAUCGGAGUGGUCUGCAACAGCAACGCCGAGGCAGCACACAACCUCAUACACUGGAAGUACGCCCUCCUCGACUGGGUGGAUACCCGCCUCCAUGAGGAAGGGCACAUGGCGCCUUCCAAGCUGGCCGAGCGGGAGCGCAUGUGGCCCAAACAGAAGUAUAAGCUGGUUGAUUCGAUCCUGGAGCAUUGGGUCGCGAACAAGGUAGUAAAGGCGCUGUAUAGCGACUUCAAGGGGACUAUUGAGGAGGCGAGGAACAAGAAGACUACCGGGAGGUAUCGGUGAGAGGCGGCUGCUAUCUGCUGUAACUGUUGGAGUACUUAACGUGGUCGGAGAAGGAUCAUCGAGAAAGGCUCCCUUGAGAGUCAACACCAUGCUGCAGGGAGUUGACAUCAAUGACGCCGUCACCCACCUUUCAGAAACAGGCUUUGGUGAAUUAGCGAUGCUAGCUACCUAGGUAAAGUAUCAUUAGAGCAAAGGGAUUAUUCCUUACAGACAUAACUUGGCAGGAGAAGUAUCCAUC